UUAUCCAACUUCAAAUAAAAUAAACUCACUAAAAAGUUAACCUAAAAAUGGCAAUUUUAAUAAACGCACUUCAAAAGUUAUCUUUAAUUGAAUUACCAUUAAAUCCAAGAAUUUUACCAUCGGUGAGAUGUAUGAAAUGGAUAAUUAAACCGGAAAUUGGUAAAGGGGUGGCUUUUCGAAGAAAAAUUCAUUAUCCCAAAGAAUACACGGUUAAGCCCUUAGAAGUGACUAAUUUAGGGGGGAGAGACCCCGAAACGGGGCGGAUGGUUGUAAGAGGAAUCGGGGGUGGAAUAAAACACAAAUACCAUUGGAUACAAUGGCAAAGAUAUGGUCCAAAAGAUGAAAGUGAGCCUAUUGUUGAAAAAGUAAUAAAAAUUUUAAAAGAUGGGUGUCGUACAUCUUUGGUGGCUUUAGUUGCUCGCGACGAUGAAAUGAGAUACAUUUUAGCCCCUCAUGGUUUAAAAGAGGGUGAUUUAAUUCGCACUUCAAGUUAUAUCCCAAGAAUUCCAGUUCGUGCUAAUAUCGGUGAUGCUUUUCCUUUGGGUGCUCUUCCCAUUGGAAUACAAGUACAUUGUGUUGAAAAAUAUCCAGGUCUUGGUGGAUUUUUGGUUCAUGCAGCUGGUUCAGCCGCCACGAUAACAAGAAAAGAUAGUAAUAAUCGAGUUGUUAUACAAUUACCAAGCAAAAGGGAAUUUUCUUUACCAGAAAAUUGUAUGUGUACAGUUGGGAGGUUAAGUAAUAUAACGCAUAAUAUUACACCGAUUGGUACUGCACAAAAAAAUAGGGAACUUGGGAAUAGACCUCGAUCGGGAUUGUGGCAAAGAAAAACCGGACGAUUUGGGAGAAAAAUUAGGCAACCUCCAGCACUUAGAACUGUGGUGUCUAAAGAAAAACAAGUUGGGGCGAUUCGAUUAACAUUACCGGGUUUGCCAUAAAUUAAAUAUGUACACAUAUUUAUAAUAAUAAAAGUUACAAGUCAAUAAAAUUUGUAUAAAUUGUUAA